GCUCAGUAAUACCUUCGUGGCUCGCCUUUUUUUUUUUCUUUUUAACAAUAUCUUUGGUGAUAUAAUCAAAGGAGUUUUUGGGAACUACAGGUUAAAUAAAUCCUCCAGAAACCUAUCAGGAAUAGAAGUGUUUGUGUACAUGAGUCAACCUUUGUAUGUGUGAACGUUAUGUGGUAGGGAGGGGCUGAGCGGGAGCAGAAGUACACACAGGGACAGAUAGGGAAGAUUAACCAGGAUGUCAGAUGGACACUGCUGCACCUGGAUAACGCCUGGCUCUGAUCAGUUCUCCGACUUCCAUACCGACAUUAUGUAUCCCGUGUCAGUCCCAAGAGGAAUUAUUAUAUUGAAAAGAACAACUGCGCACGCUGACACCGGCUGUCGCUCUGAUUUCUGAUACAAGGUAGACGCCUUCAAUAUGUUGGGCCAUCCUUCACUCUCCCUCCUGGUGUUGCUGGCGUGUUGUUGGACCGAGGCAGCUUGUUCUCUCGGAGAGGGCAGGAAUAUAUGGCUGCAACCAAAGCCGAACCCGAUCAUCAAAGACCAAGCUUUCCUUCAGGACACCUUCCCUUCUGGGUUCCUCUGGGGCUCGGGGACUUCUGCUUUCCAGACGGAAGGAGCCUGGGACCAGGAUGGGAGAGGCUCGUCCAUUUGGGACAAUUUCACCAACUCUCCAGUCAGGGUGGCAAGUGACAGCUACAACUGCUGGGAGGAAGACGUCAAGGCACUGGAAUAUCUAGGUGCAAGAUCGUACUCUUUCUCUCUUUCCUGGCCCAGGCUCUUUCCUGAUGGGAAUCCUAGAAAUCCGCCCAACGCAGCUGCCGUGGAUCAUUACAAGAAGCUCAUAGAGAGGCUUCUGGAAAAGAAAAUAGAGCCCAUUGUCACUCUCUAUCACUGGGACCUGCCACAGGUGCUGCAAGAGCAAUAUGGAGGCUGGAGAAAUGACACGCUGGUUGGACUUUUUGGGGAGUACGCUCAGUUUUGCUUCCGCACAUUCGGGAGUCACGUCAGGUUCUGGCUCACGAUGCAUAAUCCCUACCUGAUGGCUGUGCUGGGGUACGGGACAGGUGUGCACGCUCCGGGAGAGAAAGGAGGUCUUUCUGCCUCCCUUAUUGUGGCUCACAACCUGAUCAGGGCACACGUCAAAGCAUGGCACACCUACAACACCCACUACCGGACAACUCAGAGGGGGAAAGUGUCCAUUGUUUUGGGUUCCCACUGGGUUGAGCCUCAAAGGGGCCAAGCUACAGAUGCCAAAGUUGAGCUUUGUCAGCAGUCACUAGAGGCGGUCCUUGGCUGGUUUGCCAACCCCAUCUUUGGGGAUGGUGACUACCCGGUCUCUUUAAAGAUUAAAUAUGGCGCCCUGCUGCCCGCAUUCACCCCUGAGGAGAAGCUCUGGGUGCAGGGAACAGCUGAUUUUUUUGCUCUGUCGUUUGGGCCUAACAUCCUCCGUCUUGGCCGCAACCUGAUCCACAACGGCCAGAAUGUGACCCCGGACCUGAGGCGUAUUCUGGGCUGGAUAAAGCUGGAGUAUGGGAACCCUGUGGUGCUAGUGGCUGAGGGAGGCUGGUACUCUGAAGCUCUGGGAAGGGAAGACACAGUGGCCAUGUAUCUAAUGAAGAGUUUCAUCAAUCAAGUAUUGCAAGCUAUCAAGCUUGAUGAUGUGCAGGUGUUUGGCUACUUAGCCUGGUCAUUGGUGGACGGAUUUGAAUGGAAUUAUCGGGACUCUGUUAGACGAGGCCUCUUCUACGUUGACUUCAGCCAACCAAAUGGAACCAGGACACCCAAGACCACAGCUGAGUACUACAGACAAGUUGUCGCUGACGGUGGUUUCCCGAAAGAUGAAACCUCCAGAGAGGUCGAAGGCCAUUUUCCCUGCACAUUUCACUGGGGCAUUGCUGACUCCACCUUGCAGGUCCACUACUACCCUUUCUCCCCCCAGUUUACUGACCCUCACCUGUACAGCUGGAACCUGACAGGAGACGGAUCAUUGCGUCCAGUCCCAGGGGUGAAGCUCCACACCCGACGAGCCCAGUGCACUGACUAUCUGGCUAUCCGUAGUCACCUUCGCAUGUUUGCAUCCACCGGGGCAUCUCACUACCGCUUCGCUCUAAACUGGUCUCUGAUUUUACCUGAAGGAGAUCGCUCUAAUGUGAACAGAGAAGCACUGAGGUACUACCGCUGUGUCCUGACAGAGCUCAAGAAGCUGGACCUGGAGGCCAUGGUUAUUAUGUACUAUCCAACAAACAAAGGUCCCAAUCUGGGCUUGCCUGUGCCAUUACAUGCCUCUGGGGGCUGGCUCAACUACAGUACAGUGGCAGCUUUUCAAGAAUAUGCAGAACUUUGCUACCGGGAGCUGGGUACCUGGGUUCGGCACUGGAUAACGAUAAAUGAGCCAAACAGACUGGUAGAUGUUUAUCCCAGUGGGAAAGAUAAACAUCAAGCAGCCCACAACCUUCUUCUGGCUCAUGCAAAAGCCUGGAGGUUAUAUGAGAGGGAUCAUUACAGCCAACAGCAAGCGAUGGUGUCCCUCGCUCUACAUGCCGACUGGGUCAAACCUGCCAACCCCUUCUUGGAAUCACAUACGUUGGCAGCUGAAAGAUUUCUUCUGUUUGAACUUGGUCGUUUUUUAGACCCGCUGCUGGGGACUAAAUACGAGGAGAAGGCGAGAAAGGGCGACUACCCACAAGAAGUGAAGGCGUACCUGGAGGAGAGAGCUCGAGUAAAAGGACUUCCUGAGUCCCCUCUUCCUAGUUUUACAGAAGCUGAGAGGGAGGAGCUGAGUGGGGCUUUGAGCUUUAUUGCACUCAAUCAUUUCACCACCCGCUUGGUCUCCCCGUAUCCCCACCCACAGACUGGUUUUCAGCAGAGUUCGGCCCCUGAUCAUGGCUGUUUGACUCUUUCUGAUCCCACCUGGCCGUCCUCCAGUCUGGGGCAGGCCAUUGUCCCCUGGGGUCUACGGAAGAUGCUGAGCUGGGUGAGCCAGAGAUAUGGAGGGGAUCUGCCUAUCCUAGUCACUGGCAGCGGGAUCGAUGAUCAAGCCCCUGAUGAGGACAAACUUAGGCAACACUACCUCAGGAGUUACCUGCAAGAGGCUCUUAAAGCUAGCCACGUCGAUGGAGUCAACCUCCAGGGCUUCUACGUGUGGAGGCUCCAGGAUCGACACGUUCCCCAGUUCGGCCUCUUCACCUCAACCCAACACAAAUCCACAGCCAAAGCCUCGAUUGGCGUUUACAGGGAAAUCAUCUCUCACAACGGUUUCCCUAAAAAUGAGACAACGCAGCCCUGCAAGUUCAGUGAGAUGCGUGAAUCAUGUCUUGCAUGUACGUGGAUAUUCAAGAACAAAGCGCUGCUGGUUUUUGGAGGUUGCCUCCUGAUAACAGCCGUGAUGCUGGCAGCACUGGCCAUCUUUGUCAUCAUCUCCAAGAGAAACCAAGCACAAGGCAGAGGUAGGGGGAAAAGCAGAAUGAAGAGGAGGAGAAGACGGGAUGGACCAUCGGUGUGUUUCUGUACACCUGUUGUUAAGUGCUGAUUGUACAGGAAAGACUGACUCAGUAGAAUAUAGAAGAAGACGUUGCGUUUGUGGCCCAAAGACUCAGAGAAAAAGCCACUGUCUGUAAAUGUAUCUGCUCCAUUAGUGGCUAUUUUUGGCGAUGUGGAAAAUGUGUGAUCAGUUUACCAUCAAUCACUGUCAAGAGAAAAUGUCUGCAACUAUUUUACUCCAACAAAAAAUAAUCAUGACUGUAAAACUGUUUUUAAAAGUUUUUUUUUUUUUUUUUUUUUUUU